AAAGUUAAUAAGUUAUGCACUAUACAGAUUUAUUAGUCGGAAUAAAAGGAUUAUUUUGGUUAAGGUAUGUUUUAAAGAAUAUUUUUAAUUGAAAUAAUGUUUAAGAGCGUUUACUUUAAUCGCUAAUUCCUAUUAGCUAUCUUUUGGUUUAUAUUUUUUUAGGAAUUUUCAACAUAAAAGGAAAGUGUUUAGAAUUUUAGUAUUGAGAUUCUAAUAUUAUAAUUAAUUAAGUAAAUUGAAGAAUAAGAAUCUUGAAGAUCUUGUAAUAAAGGGAGGUGGAAACACUAAUGGUCUAAUGAGAAUAUAUUGGUUCAGAUAUAUUUGGGAAGUCAAAUUAUUAUAAAAAUUUGGUUUGUUGUCAAUAUUUUGGGAAUGUACCAAAAUUAUUAUAUUUAUUUGUAUUUUUAAAGAAUUUCUGGAUGAGUGGUAUUAGUUUUUUGAUGGAAGAAAUGGAAGUACAAAUUUGAUGGAUGAGCUGUGCCAUUGUUUAUGGAUUUGGUGCCUUUUAAGGUUUUAACGUAUGAUUUAUGGCUGGUCACUAAUUAUUUAGGGUAAUUGGUUAAAAUUACAAGAUAUCAUGAAUUGUAAAAAUAUUAUAAAAUUUAAUAGCUAACAAUUAUGAUAUAUAAUUAUGAGAUUAUUGCCUUAUUAGUUUAUUAUAGAUAACAUAAUAUUAAUUUGGUAAUAAAUUAUAAAUGUGGGAUUUUGUAAUAAAUUAGAGGUAGGGACAUUAAUUGUGAAUUGAGUAUACUUUGUUUUAUUUUAUUUUUUAUUUUUGGGAAGAUAUUGAAAUAAAUGGGAAGUAAAUGCUAAUGAAGAUUGAGAUUAUUGCCUUAUUAGUUGUAUAGGAAGAUACUAAUAUGAAUAGUUUUAUAAUAAUUUAAAUGGUAUAAUAAUUAGGAGGUUAUUUAUUUAAAUAAUAAAUAAAGAAGCAUUAUGUCAUAAUACCGAAUUGGAUUAAUUAAUAUUAAUUUAAUAUUAUUAAUUAAAUGUAUGAUGAAGUGGUAUUAGAAAAAUGGUACUUUUGAAUGUGAAAAGUGCAAUCUUAAAUUUUAAGGAUAUUAAUACAAUUUUAGUUUAAUUUAGCUUGAAUAAAGAUUAUAGAUACCAUGUUUUACGCUAUAAAUAAAAUAAUAAAUAAUUUGACUUACUUAAGAAUUUUGACAUGUUUUAUUCUAUAAAUAAGUAAUAUUUUUAAGAGAUAAAAUGAAAUAAUUAGUAUAUAAUAUUUUGAAUAUUUAAGGAAUAAUGGAUAUUAAAAGGAAAAUUUUAUUUAUGUUUGAUUUUAAAAGAGUAAGAGUAAGGAAUAGGGAUCCUAUGAAGGUUAUGAAGUAGAAUGCUAUAAUUUAGUUGUUACUAGCCAAAAGGGUAAUCCCUUUGGCUAGUUCUAGUAUUUUAUAGGGAGAUCUAGUUGCUUAGUCUUGGUGGUUGGUUGAUUCUCUUCAAUUUGAAUAGUUUUCUAAUUAAAGUUUUAUGUUUUUUUUUGAUAUUUUUUUUCAGGUGGAACUUCAGUAUUUAUUGAGUUAGGAGCGUUGUUUGAAGAUGUUAUAGCUUUAUUGUCUAAAUUUUCGGGGGCAGUUUUGUCCCAUGGGGCUCGCUCUAAGAUUUUAGCGGCUCAUGGUUGGCAAAGCAUGCUCUGCGGUUAGACGAUGAGCUAUCCUGGUUCGAGGAGAUUCCAGCGCCGGUGGCGGACAUGGGCGUCGUAAAUUCAUGAGUGAUUUAAAUCACUUUGUCAAAAAAAAAAAAAAAAAAAAAAAAAAAAAAAGGUCGGAUUUGGGUUUAAUAUUUAUUUAUAAUACCUAAGCCUAAGUCUCCAUACAAGACGAACACUAUCCAUGAACACAAAUUGUCACAUCUAAAUAAAAAUGUGAAUUUCAUGUUAAACGACAAUAAAGUGCCGCGACAUGUUGUUCAAGGAAAACUUUAAACUAAACCCUGUUUUCUGUUGGUUCUCAUUCUACUCUUUGAUUUUUCGAUACUUGCUUGCUCUGAUGAGUCGAGCUUCAUCAACCCAUUACAUUAGCCGAAUUCGUAACAUACAAAACAACUCAGGUCGCACAUAUUUCUCUUCAGAUUCACUCUCUAAGCUCAAUUCACUAAACUCGGACAUCUCUUCCACCAUUUCCUCUUCUUCUUCUUCUUCUUCCUCUUCCCAACUGGCAGUCCCUGAUAUAGACUCCAAAUCUGGUUUAAUCCCUCUUUACCAUCUUCUUCCCCCGAACCAAAACCCCGCCAAUAUUGUCAAUAUCAUAUGCUCAACCCUCAGACAUGACAACACGAGUCUUUCCCUUCUCCAAAAUAGCAUAAAAGGCCUUCUUCCUCAUCUGGGUACCCGUGAAAUUUCAAGGGUUUUGUUGAGAUGCCAAGUUCAUUACUCUUCAGCGCUUAUAUUCUUUAACUGGGUUAAAAAUGAUCUGGGUCUCAAACCUUCCACUCAGAACUAUUGCCUUGUUCUCCAUAUUUUGGCUUGGUCUCGAAAUUUUUCGCCCGCCAUGAAAUUGUUAUCUGAGCUGAUAGGGAUGGUUAAAGAUGUUUCGCCAAAGGAGGACAUUUUCCAAACGUUGGUCUUGUGUACCCAAGAAUGUAACUGGGAUCCGGUUAUUUUUGAUAUGCUCAUAAAGGCUUAUGUGAAAACAGGUAUGGUUCGAGAAGGUUUUGGUGCUUUUGAAAAGAUGGUAGAGGUAGGUUUUAUUCCCAGUGUGAUUUCUUGUAAUUGUCUUUUGAAUGGGUUGGCGAGAAUGAAUUAUGUUGAGCAGUGUUGGCAUGUUUAUGAAGAAAUGGGGAGAAUUGGUGUACACCCAAAUGGCUAUACGUUUAAUAUUUUGACUCAUGUCUUGUGUAAAGAUGAGGAUGUAGAUAAAGUGAAUGCUUUUAUAGAAAAGAUGGAAGAAGAAGGUUUUGACCCUGAUGUUGUUACAUAUAACACUUUAAUCAAUAGCUACUGCAGAAAAGGUAGACUAGGGGAUGCAUUUUACUUGUACAGAAUCAUGUAUAGAAGGAAUGUGAUUCCAGAUUUGGUUUCCUAUACAGCCUUGAUGAACGGGCUCUGUCGACAGGGAAGAGUGAGGGAGGCUCAUCAGCUUUUCCACAGAAUGGUCCAUAGAGGUUUGAAUCCAGACAUUGUAUCAUAUAAUACUCUUAUUCAUGGUUAUUGCAAUGAGGGAAAGAUACAAGAAUGCAGGUCAUUAUUGCAUGAGAUGAUUGGGAAUGGGAUCCUGCCAGACAGUUUCACUUGUAGGGUACUUGUUGAUGGAUAUCAGAAAGAAGGUAAGUUGCUCUCAGCUUUGAAUUUGGUUGAAGAACUUAAAAGAUUCGAAGUCAAUGUGUCUCAUGGUAUCUAUGACUAUCUUAUGGUUGCUUUAUGUCGAGCAAAUCACCCAUUUGCUGCUAAGAGUCUUUUGGAAAGAAUUUCUCAAGAUGGUUAUGUGCCUGAUGCUAUUAUCUAUAAUGAGCUUAUUGAGUCUCUAUGCAGAUGUGAUUAUGUAACUGAGGCACUAGUUUUGAAGGAUAACAUGUUACAUAUCAACAUUAAUCCCAACUUUGUCACGUACAAAGCUCUUGUGGAAUGCUUGUGUAGAAUAGAUAGAACUGCAGAAGGUGAAUCCUUAUUGAAAGAAAUGGCUGAAUCUGGUUUAUCACCAGACCCUGAGAUGUGUAGGACAUUAGUAAAUGGAUAUUGCCAAGAAACUAAUGUUGCUAAAGCAGAAUCACUUCUUGAAUUCUUUGCCAAGGAGUUCCAAGUUUUCGACACACAGAGUUAUAACGCAGUUGCCAAGGUUUUCAGCGAGCAUGGAGAUGUGGCCAGGUUGUUGGAUUUGCAGGAUAGAAUGCAGAAAGUAGGAUUUUUACCGAACAGCUUGACAUGUAAGUAUGUGAUUCAUGGUCUGUGGAAAAAAGUACAAACUUGAUCAAUGAAGAGUUUUGAUAUUUUUUUUUUCUA